UUUGUUAAAUAUUAAUUUAAAUACUAAUAUAUAGAUUCCAAUUUAUAAAGGGGUAUACAAUGGCACUCAUAACGGCUUACUGGGGACUAGAUGGCAUAAUAUUUCUGACGACUCUAAUUAUAGCUGCAUAUCUAUACAUGACACGCAAAUUUAACCACUGGAAGAAACGAGGCGUUUUAGAAGCGCUUCCGCCGACACCAUUCUUGGGCAAUUUCACAGACUGCCUACUCCUAAAGAAAUCUCCUGGAAAUUUUCUGCAGGAACUUUAUAUUCAAGGAAAGGGAUCUCCCUACAUCGGCUUUUACAUAUGUGACAAACCGGCUCUGUUAGUUCGCGAUCGGGAGCUCGUUAAAAAUAUUUUAAUAAAGGACUUCAAUUACUUCGCUGACCGAUACGCCGCAGCUGAUCCAAUAAAUGAUCGCCUGGGUGCCACCAAUCUCUUUUUCCUCAAGAGUCCAGCCUGGAAAACCUUAAGAACGAAAUUGACACCAUUCUUCACGUCCGGCAAGAUGAAGAAAAUAUUCGAACUAAUGCUGCAAUGUGGAAACGAUCUAGAUACGUAUCUUGAAUCGCUGAAAUUGGGAGAUCAAGGAAAGGAAAUUGACAUAAAGGAGUUAAUCGCUAAAUUCACUACCGACAUAAUCGGCACUGCUGCCUAUGGACUUAACGUGAAUUCGUUGAAUAAUCCAGACGCCGAGUUUCGAAGACAUGGCAAAUUAAUUUUUGAUUUCAACCUUAUUCGCGCUUUGGAGUUCUUGGCAAUGUUUUUCCUUCCAAAUAUAAUUAGUAUAACCGGUACAAAAACAUUUGGUAAGGAGAGCUCUAACUUCCUACGUAAAGUUUUUUGGGAGACGAUCACGCAACGCAUAAAGUCUGGCGAAAAGAGGAACGAUCUCAUUGAUAUCCUUAUUGAACUGAGAAACACUUACGGAGAUCAGGACAUUGGAGGAUUUAAAUUUGACGGGGACGACUUACUAGCGCAAGCAGCUGUUUUCUUCACGGCUGGUUUUGAAACCUCUGCAACGACAUCGUCUUUCGCCUUGUACGAAAUUGCGAUGAAUCCGGAAAUACAAGACAGACUUAGAAAAGAAAUUCUUGAUGCGCUUGAUAAAACAGGCGGCAAAAUCACAUACGACAUGGUCUGGUCGUUACCGUAUCUAGACAUGGUGGUAUCCGAAACUUUGAGGAUGUAUCCACCAUUGCCACUUCUAGAUCGCGUGACAAUGGACACCUACAAGUUGCCGAAUUUUGAUUUAAAGCUCGAAAAGGGCACACCGGUUUAUAUCUCAAUGUCUGGCAUGCACUAUGACCCGGAAUACUUUCCUGAUCCACACAAAUUCGACCCGGAGCGAUUUACCGAGGAGAACAAACGUAAUAGACCAACAAAUGUGUAUUUUCCAUUUGGAGAUGGCCCACGCGUAUGCAUAGGUUCUCGUAUGGGACUUUUACAAACAAAAUUGGGGAUCGUUACAAUUUUGCGCAAAUACGAGGUAGUACCAGGCAAAAAAACUCUAAUCCCAAUGGUUCUCAAUCCGAAAGCUUUCUUGACGGCGCCACUAAGUGCUGAUCUAUAUCUCACCCUCCGCAAGAUUAAGAGCAGCUAAAUAAUAUGUAACCGUGUUUGAUAAUAUUAAUAUAAUGUUUUAAAACCACAGAAUGCAUUAGACAGUCGAUAUUUCAAAUACAUAAUUUUACUAUAAUAAAUCACUAGUGGACAUACAUUAACUUUAAAAA